AUGGCGAAAGACCAAGCUGUCGGUGCCCGGUCGACGUCAGUCAACGGCUGCGCGACGCACGCUAACCCUCCACCGAUCGCGCAGACGGCAAAAUCCGGCUCCUCUGCAGCUAUGGAGAGCUCGGAGGCGGUUGAGGCGAGGUCGUCGCUGUCCACUAAGUCCGUCCAUGCAGGGGAGCGACCUGGACGUCCACUGGUGGUGGACUCGCUGACGACGCCCAUCGUGCAGACGUCCACCUACUUCUUUAAGGACACUGCCGACCUCAUCGAAUUCGUCGAGGGGAGGAAGACGAGCUUCGAGUAUGGGCGGUACGGCAACCCAACGACCGACACCGUGGAGCGCAAGAUCAGCGAGCUGGAGCAGGCGGAGGCGACGCUUCUGUCGUCGUCGGGAAUGUGCGCGGCGACGACGAUGCUGCUGGCGCUGGUGCCGGCGGGCGGGCACAUCGUGACCACCACCGACUGCUACCGCCGCACGCGCCAAUUCAUUCAGACCAUGCUGCCCAAAAUGGGCAUCACCACGACUGUGAUCGACCCGGCUGAUAUGGGCGCACUGGAAAAGGCUCUUGACGAGAAUGAGGUAACGCUUAACGAUUUACGCACAUCCCUCCUAUCCGUCAACCCGGCCUCCUCCUGUUGUCGUCCGCCUGCGCUCCUGUCUCUCAUCCCUCUGCACUCCCCCGCCCCACUUCCCCUCUCCCUGUCCCUUCUCCUCUCCCCAUUCCCGUCCCUCUUCACCCCUCUCCCCUUUCCCGCCCUUCUCUCCUCCCCGCCCCUCUCCCUCUCCCCACCCCUUCCCCCUCCCCCGGUGCGCCAGGUGUCGCUGUUCUUCUCGGAGUCCCCCACGAACCCGUACCUGCGGUGCAUCGACGUGCCGCUGGUGAGCGGGCUGUGCCACGCCAAGGGUGCGCUGGUGUGCAUAGACGGCACGUUCGCCACGCCCAUCAACCAGCACGUGCUGCCGCUCGGCGCGGACCUCGUGCUGCACUCCGGCACCAAGUACCUCGCCGGUCACAACGACGUGUUGGCGGGGACCAUAAGUGGCAAGGCGGAGCUGGUGCAGAAGGUCCGAGCGCUGCACAAUGUGCUGGGGGGAGUCGUUGACCCGCACGCGUCCUACCUGAUACUGCGCGGGCUCAAGACGCUGGCCCUCAGGGUGCGGCGGCAGAACGAGACCGCCAUGGAGCUCGCCCUUGCGCUCUCCAACCACCCCAAGGUGUUGCGAGUGCAUUACCCAGGCCUGCCCUCCCACCCCGAGCACCAAAUCGCGCUGGAGCAGAUGCAUGGCGGCUAUGGGGGUGUUGUCAGCUUCGAGGUGGAUGGGAACCUGGAGCGCACGUCACGCUUCAUUGAUGCACUCGACAUUCCCUACAUCGCCCCCUCGCUGGGUGGCGUGGAAUCGCUGGUGGAGCAGCCCACCAUCAUCUCCUACUGGGACUAUGGGCCAGAGGAGAGGGCAAGGCUGGGCAUCAAGGACAACCUGGUUAGGUUCAGUGCAGGGAUUGAGGACAGCUGUGACAUCAUCGCUGAUGUCAUGCAAGCUCUUGAUAAGAUCUAA